UCUCAAAUUCAUCACAACUUAGAUAUUCAUCUUCUUCCAUUUUCUCUCUAUCUUAGUUUAUUCGAUCAAAUGGCUCGUACAAAGCAGACGGCGAGGAAGUCUACCGGCGGGAAGGCGCCAAGAAAGCAGUUGGCAACCAAGGCGGCGAGGAAAUCAGCUCCGGCCACCGGAGGAGUUAAGAAGCCACACAGAUUCAGGCCUGGAACCGUGGCUUUGAGAGAGAUUCGCAAAUAUCAAAAGAGUACCGAACUCCUCAUCCGAAAACUUCCUUUCCAGAGGCUUGUUCGUGAGAUCGCACAGGACUUCAAGACCGAUCUCCGUUUCCAGAGCUCUGCCGUCGCCGCUCUCCAGGAGGCCGCCGAAGCUUAUCUGGUUGGUCUGUUCGAGGACACCAAUCUCUGUGCGAUUCACGCCAAACGUGUCACCAUCAUGCCCAAGGAUAUGCAGCUUGCUCGCAGGAUCCGCGGCGAAAGGGCUUAGAUCUCAAAUCAUUAGAUAUCAUAGCUUCUUAUUUCGCAGUGUAUUAUCGUAGUUAUCCUAGCUAGGGUUUUUGUGCUGUCACUAGAUCCAUUGUUAUUUCCUGCUUAGGGUUCUUAUUAUACGUAAAUCCUUGAAAUCGAUUUGGUUUUCCUAUUUCUUA